UAAAUUUAUCAUCAUACAAAAAAGACAAGUCGGGUGUGAUUCUCCACUAGAAAGAGGUCAGCUGUUUGGAAAUACACCAUCGUCGAAUAUUAAUCGGGAUUAUUUAUAUAACCAUAAAAAGAAAACACGUCGUUAUAAAUUAGGUUAUUGGAGCUUUCUUUUUGAAUUUGCUUUGUGACAAAAUUCAAAUGACGGAAUACAAGCUCGUCGUUGUCGGAGCUGGUGGUGUUGGCAAGAGUGCACUUACUAUACAGCUUAUACAAAACCACUUUGUGGAAGAAUAUGAUCCAACUAUUGAGGAUUCAUACAGAAAGCAGGUUGUGAUAGAUGGCGAGACAUGUUUACUGGAUAUACUUGAUACGGCCGGUCAGGAGGAAUAUAGUGCUAUGAGAGAUCAGUACAUGAGGACAGGGGAAGGCUUUUUGUGUGUAUUUGCUGUAAAUAAUGCAAAGUCUUUUGAAGAUAUAAAUCAAUAUAGGGAACAGAUUAAAAGGGUAAAAGAUGCAGAUGAAGUUCCUAUGGUUUUGGUAGGAAACAAAGUAGAUUUACAGAGUCGGAAUGUAGAACAAAAGCAGGCGAAACAAGUAGCGGAAAGUUAUAAUAUACCUUAUGUAGAAACUUCAGCUAAAACUAGACAAGGGGUUGAUGAUGGCUUCUAUACACUCGUCAGAGAAAUUAGAAAAUUUAAAGACAAGAAAGGAAAUAAGAAGAAGAAGCCUAAGAGAGGGUGUGCAGUAUUGUAAUUAUCUUUUUACCUUUAUAUAGUUACUCAUUUCUGUGUAUUAUCUCCGGUAUACCCAUCAUUAUACUUGUUUAAAUACAACAACAACAACAGUAACGACAACACAUAUACAACAACUAAGAACUAGAUGAAGUUAUAAAGGAAUAAAUGAGACGAUUUAAGUUAUGCGAGUCAGGUUUGUGAAGAGUUUCGUUAUCGAAGUGUUAUCAUUCUAUUUUGCGCCAACGUAUAAAUUCGUACAUCUCAUGACCUUUAACCUUUGUAAUAACACGAUGUUUGUUUUCACGUGCUAGAACUCGUUUCUCAUCACUUUUUGUUUGAAUAUUAUGCAAGGUUACAGCUUAUAUUAAGUUUUUUUUAUGUAUUGACAUGGAUUGUUGAAUUUGAACAUUUCAUUUUUAACAUUUUUUUUUUUAAAUAAAAAUAAAAUGGAAAUUGUAUCACCUUUAAGGACCUUUUGUCUAUUUUUCAUAAGUUAUAGAUUUGUUUUUCUAUUUAUGGUUAUUUUAGAGACUCGUACUUUGUGUUACAAAUAUGAUUCGAUAUUGUAACAGAAAGACGGGACCUUAUGCAGUUAGAAUAUAUUGAUAGAGAUUUUUCAAACAAGAUCGGUUUCUCAUCUUUUAAAGCCGCACAUCUCCAGAUUCAUGCUAAUUUUUUAUGAAAAUUUUGAAAAUGUAGUAAAAUGUAUUAUAAAGUAAAAUAUUGUGAGGUGAACAAUAAAGCUAAUUUACACAUUGCAAAUGGCAAUGUAAAUUUUGAUGAAAAUUAUCCACAUAAAUUACCAAAAAGAGGUCAAAAUAUGCAAAAAAAUCCCUAAGCACCUUAUUGUGUUAGUAACGCAGUAGAAAAAUAGUGAUGUUGAAAAAUACUGCAAAAUGGGUCAUUUUUCGCACAUGACAUGGAAAUUAUUAUUUUUAACUUGAAUAUUUUUACUUGUUUUUAAAAAUCUUAAUACAAUUUUCUCAAGUUUGAUUUUCUUGAAAUAAUUUGGCUCAUCUGGAGGCAUGCAGCUUUAACUUCUGACACAGAAAGUACAUUUAAGUAAAUUUUUCAACUUGAAUUGAUUAUAUUUACAGAAAAUACCUGGUGACAAUAAAGACUAUAUUUAUUUUGUUCAAAUGUUGUUUUUUUUACAAUCUAAACAGCUAUAGGUGUAUUUUUAAGCCCCUCAGUGCCAAGUAUAUUUGGACAUUUUCCUGUAUUACUACUAUUAUAUUAAGGUUUUUUUACCCAGAUGGCGUCUUAUUGUCAAAUUGGUCAUAAUAGCAGAUGUCAUGAAAACAAGAUGGUUUGGUUGUAAGAUGAGUAUCUACUGUAGUUUAUUAUUGUCCCUAUUUAUUUAGAGGUCCUAAAUGUAAUAUGAAAUUUUUAACAUUUUUGAUGAAAUGGAGUUUGUAUGAGAUUACAUUCUCUUAAUUUAAUCGAGUACCAAGUAGAAACAUAUAUGAAAUAUUGUUAUAUGUAGAGAUUAAAGUAAGUUUAUACUGUGACAGGUGGAUGGGUAUUUUUUUUGGUCUUAAUUUCAUACACUAAACAUCUAUAUAAUGUAUGUCUACACUAUAGUGCUGUAUUGACUACAUUAAAGUGCUGUAUUAUCUACACUAUAGUGCUGUAUUGUCUACACUAUAGUGCUGUAAUGUCUACACUAUAGUGUUGUAUUGUCUACACUAUAGUGCUGUAAUGUCUACACCACAGUGCUGUAAUAUCUACACUAUAGUGCUGUAAUGACUACUUUACAGUGCUGUAAUGUCUACACCACAGUGCUGUAAUGUCUACACUAUAGUGCUGUAUUGACUACAUUAAAGUGCUGUAUUGUCUACACUAUAGUGCUGUAUUGUUUACACUAUAGUGCUGUAUUGUCUACACUAUAGUGCUGUAUUGUCUACACUAUAGUGCUGUAUUGUCUAAACUAUAGUGCUGUAAUGUCUACACUAUAGUGCUGUAAUGUCUACACUAGAGUGCUGUAAUGACUACAUUAAAGUGCUGUAAUGUCUACACCACAGUGCUGUUAUGUCUACACUAGAGUGCUGUAAUGUCGACACUACAGUGCUGUAAUGUCUACACUACAGUGCUGUAAUGUCAACACUAUAGUGCUGUAAUGUCUACACUUUAGUGAAUUAUCAUAUUUUAACAUUGUACAUGUAUAUUGUAGUCAACUAUUUUCUGUCAUUUUUUUUUAAACAAAAAUAUUUUUGGACAUAUUGUAUUAAGUACAUUAAAGUAUGUAUUUUCUGUUUUAUAUAUACAUUUACACAUUUUUCUAGCAUUAUAAUAGUAAAAUGUGUUCAUUGGUUUUUCAUAUUUUUAGCUAUUGGAUGUUGUAAAUACCUUAAUAUGUCAAUAAUUGUCACCAUGUUGAAAGUAAUGUGGUGGCAGAUUGUUGUUUUUUUUUGUUAUUUUUAUAGAUGAAAUUGUUUUCUUUUUUGCUCAAUUUGCAAAAGCGUUUCUUUUUAAGCGGGAUGUCUCAAUGUGUGAACAAGGAAAUAAAUUGGUUUUCUUUGUGUUUGAAGAAAACAUUACGCUGUCUUGACCAGACGUGAUAAUAGUAUCAUUCAAAUAAAGAUCUUAAUAGUAUAAAAUAAAGAUUUUAAUAGUAUAAAAUAAAGCUCUUAUAAGUAUAAAAUAAAAAUCUAAUAGUAUCAUAUACAUGCACAUUUUGUACAAAAGUUAAAAGAAAUCUAUUUUGGUAGUGGGAGGGGCAAAAAUUGAUGGGCAUGUUCUAGUGUUUAGGUCCUGCCCAUCUGUUGGUUCUUUUUAUCGAAUAUAAUGAUGUUAGUUGGAAUUCUGUUCAAAAUCUUGAAUCCUAUGUUUUUGUCGUUGACUUUGUUAACUGGAACACUUUGAUGACUGCAAACUUUGUUAAUGGAAUACUUAAAGAGAACACUUAAAGAGAACACUGGGUUGUUUGGAAUCAUAAUCUGAUUGUACAAAAGCUCACACAUGUUUGUGUCAGUGAUGAGUAAAUUUUUCUAAGACUUAAACUCUUUGGUAUCAUAUUUAAGUAACUGUAUGUUCUUUUUUUUUUUGCUGUCAAGUUGAGCUGAAUAGGCUUUAUACAUGUAUUUCCAAAGAUUGGCAAUUAUAAUUACAAUGGUGAUUUGCCCAUAAUUAAAGUAAUUUUGACUUUUACCUGUACACUGAACAUUUUUGCUCAGAUGAGCAUAAAGUCACUUUUAAGUAUUUGGAAGGAUUCACAUGCUACAUAUGAAUAUUAUCUUCUACAUUAGUAAUAUGUCUGUGAAUAAUAUGUCAAAGAUUUUGUUUGUUAGAAUUAAAUAAGAAAAAAAAAUUAAAAUGCCAGGACACAUUCCCCUUUAAUUUUUAUAAAAGAUGAAUGAUUAUUGUGUCAGGAUGUUUACAGGUAUUUCACAUGUUAACAAAAGGGAAAAGAUUUAAGAACUUAUCGUAUAUUCUCUAAUUAACUCCCCCUUUGGAUGUUCAAUUUUCCUUAAAAGGGGAGGGGGCGGGAAUUAAGGUUAAAAUUGUCGAAUGAAUUUUUCUUGCUGUUUUUGUUUUAUUUUCCGCUAGAUUAUAUAUUUGUAUAUACUAAAAGAACCAGCUGUGUUAGAAAUCUGUGCAUUCUUUCUGGGAUUUAUAAUAAACAGCUAUUGUCUUAGGAACUUUGUUUUUAUACUCCUUAGUGGAAAAAAAAGGAAGGGGGCAUUUAUUAAGGUAGUCCUGAGCAUUCAUUAGAGAAUAUACGGUAGUGAUGUGAAGCAGUUGCUGGAAUAUGUCAUGUACGGUCUUGUGGUUUUACUAUAUAAUAUUGUUGUUGUCAAGGGGUUUUGUAGACAUAUGAAAUAUUGUGUACACUGUUAUAUGUGAAUUAUUGUUUACACUGUUAUAUUAACAAGCUUUCUUUCUUAGUUCAUGAACUAUUUCUUACAUUAUUCUAACAAUAAAGUACAUUAACUUCCUAUGUUAAGGUCAACACCAUUUCUGUUAUCUCACAGACACAAAGUCUUGUCACAUAUUUAUUAAGAAAGCAAACAAUUUGAUAUUUUAAACAUUAAAGGAAAUUUAACGUUUCUGCCAUGUUUCGUCAACAUAGAAAUUGACUGAAUACUUGGAUUAUUAAAAAUAUAGCGUAUUAAAUUAGCACUGUGAAAAACAUUUUUGGUAAAGAAUCAUGGCCACCUGUUGAUUUAUUUGAGCUUUUUAUUCUGUGAAGCAUAUUUUACCGUUGUUUUAGAGGUUUGGUAAUAUUAAGCUUAAUCCUGUUAAAUUUUGUAGUCUUUUUUCAAUAACUGUUCAUUGUGAUAAUGUACCAUGUAGUGAUUAUAGUAUUUAAAUUUUGCUUUCAAAGAGUCUCAAAAGCUGGACACAUUUAGUUAUAGUAGGAACUCAUUUGAUUGGAAUGGGAUUUAAGUAUUUUAAACUUUAGAUGUACAUUAAAAUGAUUAUUUGUCAUUUUGCUCACUGAACACUAUGACCAAAUUAUUAAUAGUUUUACCUGUUAUUGUAUUAGUACUGUUACAUCGAUUUCAUGCAUUUGAGAGGACAAUUGAGCCGUGUCACAACAAAACCAACAUAAUGGGUUUGCGACCAGCAUGGAUCCAGACCAGCCUGCGCAUCCGCGCAGUCUGAUCAGGAUCCAUGCUGUUCGCUAUCAGUUUCUCUACUUGUUAUAGAGUUUGUAAGCGAACAGCAUGGAUCCUGAUCAGACUGUGCGGAUGCACAGGCUGGUCUGGAUCCAUGCUGGUCGCAAACCCAUUAUGUUGGUUUUGUCAUGACGCGGCACAAUUAAGUAUUCAAAAGCAGUUAAUUUGCUUUUAGUUGCAUGUUUUAAUUUUUAGUAGAUUAAAUGUUUAUAUAUAGAAGGUUUUGAUAUAAAUUAAUGAAAUUCAGUGCUAUAAUAAGUUGACCAGGUUUUUACGGAGAUUUGAGACAGGAUAUUGGUUUAAUAGGCUAGAAAGUUGAAACUUUACCUCUUGUAAGGUUCUUUGUCAGUUGUCGAUUACAAUAGCCACAAUUAUGUCAGUUAUUAUUGACAUUUGAUCAAUAGGCCACCAUUAUGUCAGUUAUUGUUUACAUGUGAUCAAUUUCCACUAUUAUGUGAGUUGUUUACAUGUGAUCAUUAGCCACAAUUAUGUUAGUUGUUUAUAUGUGAAAUAUAGCCACAAUUAUGUCAGUUAUGCAAAUGGACAGAAAUGAAUUUGAAUUUAUUCUAAAUUUAUGUUUCUUGGAAUUUAUAUUGUUUUCUUUAUAUAAGUUUAGUUAUACAUAUAGAACACCCAAUAGUUUUCCUAUAUUAAUUAAAGUAAACAUUAUUCCUAUCUCAAGACGUGUAUUUUGUUAGUUAUAUAAUUAAACACUGAAUAAAAUAGAAAAGAAAAAAGAAAGCGCACCCAUAGUAUUUAAGGGAGGGCUUUUUCAGUCAAGAUGAAAUUUGUGAAUUUUGACAUGUUGACAUUGCAAUUUUGUUUAUAUACAUGUAUUUGUAUAUAUUUGUCUUUCUUCAGAUUUUUUUUAAGACAUGCAUUAUUUUGUAUAAAAAUUAAGGAAUUGAAAAAAAUACUAUGAAUGUGAAGACAAAAAAGUCUAAGUACAUGUGUAUUAAUUUUUAAAAAAUUUUUGAUUAUUAAUGUAACUUGAAGUUUGUUGUUUUGAUAUGAGAAGUACAUAAUAAGGAAAUACCAACCAUAGACACUCCAUUAAUAUCAGCAUUGAGGUAUUUAUGUUUUUUGCUACUCGCGUGUAUUCAGAAUUAUGUAUUGUAUAAUCUUUCUCUAACAAUAAUUUACAUACAGCUUCAACUUGUUUACACCAGAAAUUGUAGCUUUAAUUUUAUAUUAGUAAAAUUACAAUUAGGUUUUGAAGUUGAAAUGCAGAAUUUUUUUAUUUGCCCCCCCAACCCCACGAGAGGGGACAGGCAUUUUGAUUUGUCUGUCCAGCUGUCUGUCUGUAAAAACAGUUGAAUGUGGGGGAUGUAUAUACAUGUACUGUAGACAUAUUUCUAGUUGGUUCUUAUUUUUGUACAAUGAAAGUUAACUUUGAUCAAGUGUUGCUAUAAUUUUUUUUGUAACAUUUGUUCAUGUUUGUGGAAAUUUGCAGGUUGUAUAUAUAUCACUAUAGAGGAGAAUCUGUUUCCAGCUACCGUUUCUAUAUUCUCGAGUACAAUAUUGUUUUUAUCGUACAUCAAUGCAUAACAUAAAAAGAGAGAGAAAAAAUUGUUUCAUUUCUUAACAAUAUUUCAAGUUGGGUAUCCUUGCGUUUCCCAUUUGCACCAUGUAGCAUAAAUUUUUAAGACUUAAAGGAGCUUCACUAAGGUCUUAAAGCCUAAAAACUUAAAAUAUUAAUUUUUAACAUAAAAUUUUUACCAGUAUAUACUAAAAUGAUCACACAAAGAGAUAAAUUUUGUCACAGAAUUAUGAAACUAGUUGAAGUUGUUUGUAAAUAUUGUUUGUCUUUAAAUUGCCUUUUAGUAUAUAAACAUGCACUUUGAAUAGUGGCUAAACUUUGUAUGGUAACAGUUUUUGUAUUCUUGCACAUUUCCAGUGUUUAAUGAAGUCAUCCCAAUUUUUGGAUAAUUAAAGCUAUUUAAAACUAA